AUGGACAAAUCAAAUAAAACUACUAUUGAUUCGGACACUUCGUCUUUUAGUGACCAUUCUCACAUCAUAGACAAAGAGGGUUCAUCUGAAGAUGAAAAUGCUCCUUUCUCCGUGAUUGAUGAGGGAAUUGGCACUCAAAAUGUUACUCCACCAUUCGAUUAUGAGAAAUUGCGCGAUAACACCAACGAUAAAGUUUACCAAGUUUUUAAGAAAACUUGGAAAUGGAACGAAGCUAUCCACAGUGAAGUUCGCGCGAAUCAUAUCGAGUUUAAAGAUGAAAUUUCUAAAAACGCUAAAUCGAUUUCGGAAACUAAAAACGACGUGGAUCACUUAAAAAAUAAAAUUUCGGAAGUCAAAAUUUCGAGUGACGUGAAUAAUCAAAUGUCCAACGCGAAAUAUGCCGAAUUAUCGAGUAAAUUGGAAGAUACCCAAAAUAACAUCAAUGACGCGAAUAACAAUAUUUUCGAAAAUAAAAUGGACAUUAAAACACUUUCGGAUUCGCUUCGUAAAGUUGAAGAUAAUGCUAAAAUUCGCGAUGAAGGUUGCGACCAAUUGGUGAAUCACCUAAAUAUCGUAAAACAGGCAAUUCGUCGGCCACUACAUACGAAAACCGCGAAAGCUAAAUCGUUAGCUAUUGACGCAGGUUCGGUAAGAAACGCAGGAAUUACAUUUGCUGACGAGCACUUGCAUUUUCCUCACGAAUUCCUCCAAGAAUUCGAUGACUACUUUGCUGAGACAAAUGCCGUCGAAAAGCACAAAAUCUUCGCGUUUAAAGGCGUAAUUGCCACUAAAGAUCGUAAAGAAUUUUUGGAAACCGUUCGCAACGUAAACAACUAUCGUGAAUUAAAACAAAAGUUCCUUGAUUUCUACUGGGAUCGUCGUGCCCAAAACGAAGCCAUGAAAUUCUGCCGAUAUGACUUUGUUGUUACUGAAAACGCAAAAGACAUGGCGAAUCAAAUGACUCGUUGGGCUAGAUCACUGAAACAUCAUCGCCACGGCAAUGAUGAAGAAAUCAUUGAAAUUUUAAUCGGAAAAGCGCCCGAGCAAUAUCAAUGGAUAUUGUCCGAAGAAGGUCAAACAUUGGACCAGUUUUUGACGAAAUUGAAUAAAGUAUCUCGUAUGCAACGCGAUCCGGACAACGAAGUUCCUAUUAUUUUUCGUAGGAACCAAAAACGUUUCGAUGAUUAUAACGGUAAAACUCCUUCGAAACCGCGCUUCACCUCCACGCAAGCACUGGGCAACGACCAGUUGCAGUCUUUACUCGAAACCAUUGCUAAAAAACUUAAGCCAACCGCGACUAAUUCAAACUAUAAUCGCGGUAAUUACCAAAAUAAUAAUUCUGGCAUACCGAAAUCGAAUUACGAGCGUAAUAAUAAUAAUAAUCCGACUGUUACGAAUUCGAACUACAAUCGUGGUACUUAUCAGAAUAACAAUAAUACUACUCAUCAAUCGAAUAAAAAUUCUACAACUUAUCAGCCGAAAGACAAGUCUGAUCCGAAAUCAUCUACUCAAAAUACGUCUCAACUACCCAAAAAUACGUCGAAUUCCAACUCGACUAAUUAUUCGAAACCUUUUGACGUCGACAAAGGAGGCAAUCUCGUUAUGAAACGAUUCAACCCAAAAACUCCAUCAACUAUUCCACUUCCCGUCAAAACUGUUCAAAUUGACGAAGAGGAUGAUGACGACGUGAUUAUUCAAACUCCUUUGGACGAUUCUACUGAUUUGACUGCUGUUUGCAACAUGCUAAACACCCUUUUCGAAAAUACCGACGAAAUUGAUUCUCAACAAAUUACAGCUGCAGUUCAAAUGCUUACGACGAAAGUUUCAGACCCUAACACUGAAGAAGAAGCGUCUUCGGGAAACGAGAGCCACUAG